CACGUGACUAGCUCCUUCGGUGGGGUGACAGCUAAUACAAUGGCCAGCAUCAGUCCCUAUGGGGUCACUUAAGCAAGCACACAGUGGCCUGCAGCUCUGACGAUAAUGGCUGAGAGGGCCACAGACUAACUCCUUCAGUGAUGGAGCUGGAAGCUCAAAAGAAACCUCAAAAGCAUAGAAAACAUAGCGUAAAGGCCCAGGAGAAAUUUGCCAAGAAUUUUCCAUACAGGUUCUCCUGGAUGACAGAGCCCAGGACUGAGUCUCUACAACCCUGGGAAGUGAAGAACAAAUCACUGAGGGACCAGCUGCCCCUGCAGAAGAAUUUAGUGCCGACAAGAUCCAUCCCAGUCCCAGGGCUUGGAGCUCCAGACUUUACAUCGCCAUCCUACUUCCACCCAUCAGCCUUGCGGCCCCCACCAUACUACCUUUGGGAACUCAAAUUACUAAGCCUCCGCUUCCCCAGACAAGUUGACUAAGAAGAACUCCCUCCCCACGUCGAUGCAGACCACUUCUAAACCAGACCAGUGAGGUGAGAGAGUCAUCCAGGGCCCUGUCCUGGAACCCUACUCUGUGUGGCCUCUGUCCAUUGUCUUCUCCUCAGCAUGCUCUUGGAGCACCCACCAAGACUUUAGUGAGGGGAACAGCCUCUGUAGCCACAGGAAACCAGGAGCUUUCCACCUCCCUAUAAAACCACAUCAUACUAAUAAACUGCAUUUUCAAAUCA